AUGAGUAAACAACGUGUGUUUGAUAUUUUCAAUUUUACAAAACCUCAACCAGAUAAAUUAACUAGUUUAAACAAACCUAAAUUGAAAAGUAAUUCGGAUAAUGAUUCCGAUAGCGUUGAUUCUGAAUUAUUAGCCCUCUCUAGCUUUUCUAGCAGCACAUCGUGUUUAAAUGAAACCGACGAUGAAUCUACUAACUAUAAAAAUUUAUUAAAAAAUGACGAAAAAAUUGAUCUUGGUGAUUUACAAUCUGGUCCUAUAAGACCAGUUUUAAAGGUAAUUAUAAUAAUUAUAUAA